AUGGGGAGUCAGGUGGAGGUUUUUUACCAGAUGAAUGAUGCAGAAGAGAUCAAAGAGUCCCAGUGUGUGCGUGAGAGAGAGACUGAAACUGUGCAUCAAAUAAUCCCUAAAAUCCCUACUAAAAUAAGCAAAGAGACCAAGCAGCAACUGCAGCAGCUCUUCCAGUGCGGCCAGUUCGUCAUACGAUGGGGUUUUAUUCCCACCGUGCUGUACUUGGGCUUCAAAGAGGGAGCAGAUCCAGAAAUGCCGGAUCCCACAGUCUUGAGUUUACUUUGGGGAUGA